UUGACAUAGUUAGCCUACGCUAAAGGCAGUCUGUUUGCCCCAGCACAGGACGAGGGAAUGGGCUAGGCUGAAUCAAGCACUCCUGCGUGAAGACAACUUGUGCUCUCCUCCAUCUAACCCCUUCCCCUCCUCUCUCCCGGCCCCUGGGUCAGGGAAUGUGCCAGCCCCGGAGAUGCCUUACGUGGAUCGGCAGAACCGGAUCUGUGGCUUCCUGGACAUCGAGGAAAACGAGAGCAGUGGGAAGUUCCUGCGCCGCUACUUCAUCCUGGACACCCAGCCGGGCAGCCUAGUGUGGUACAUGGAUAACCCUCAGAACCUGCCCAUUGGUGCGGUCUGUGUUGGCUCACUCAAACUGACAUACAUCUCCAAGGUCAGCGACGCCACUAAGCAAAGACCAAAGGCGGAGUUUUGCUUUGUCAUCAAUGCUGGCAUGAGGAAAUUCUUCCUCCAGGCCAAUGAUCAGCAGGACCUGGUGGAAUGGGUGAAUGCUCUCAACAAGGCCACCAAAAUCACUGUGCCAAAGUCAUGUAAUGCCCAACAGAAUGUGGAGAACCAGAAAGCUCUUCUGGACAUCCUGGGACCCAAGAAGCAGGUCUCCUACAGGACUGACAUCAUUGGGGGAGUUCCCAUCAUCACCCAGACGCAGCAGGAAGGGGGUGAGGGCCAGGAGGGUUCGGAGCGUGAGUUGCUGCGGAGGUCGUACAGCCAGCUGCCAUACUUUCUGGGAAGGCCGACCCAGGACCGGGCGGUCAUCAAGUCUGGCUACUGUGUGAAGCAGGGAGCUGUGAUGAGAAAUUGGAAAAGGAGAUAUUUCUUACUGGAGGAGAACUCAAUGAGUUACUUCAAAUCAGAUCUGGAGAAGGAGCCUCUGAGAAUGAUUCCAUUGAAAGAGGUCCACAAAGUUCAGGAGUGCAAACAGAGUGACAUCAUGAUGAGGGAUAAUCUCUUUGAGGUCGUCACCACUUCUAGGACUUUUUACAUCCAGGCUGACAGUCCAGAGGAGAUGCACAGCUGGAUCAAGGCUGUCUCUGGUGCCAUCGUAGCCCAGCGGGGACCUGGGAGAUCUGCAGCCACAAUGCGGCAGGCCAGACGGCUGUCAAACCCCUGUAUACAGAGGUAUACGGCCCGAAUCGGGGAGUGCAGCACUCUCCUGCAGCUGUGUACCUGUCUUAGAUGUCUCACAUCCUGCCUGUCUCUAGUUCUACCUCCUGUCCGCUGCCUGUAUGUGUGUUUACUCUCUCAAACUGUUGACUUGCAUAACCCAGUUAACUUCUCAUUUUCUAAGCCAAGACAACUUGAAGUCUGAAUUAAUGUUGUCUUUGGGAACUAAACCCUAGUCUUCUUAACAUCAAUAACAGUUUAGCUGUUGGUGUGUUUUGUGUUCUGCAUGUUUGUAUGAUGACGACUUCUGUAUAAGCACAUGUACUCUGAAGCUCUUAAACUAACCGCCCUGGCAUACUUGAAGAAUCACUCAGCCCUUUGUUUACUCACACAUAAGCAGUUGCGGUGUAGGUGUUUCCGUUGCAUGGUCUGCUUCAAGUCAUGCACAUAUGUUUUGGCAAAUGUUCUGUGCCCGGCUGCAUGUUUGAAUGCAUGAUACAGAAUUAUGAUGACUUUGGUGAUGCUUUACACAACAUAGAUUUGGUAGAAAAUAUAUUUUUGAAUAGCCAGCAAAGGCAAUCGGGAGUUAUUUAAGUAUCCGUCACUAACUCUUUUUGCUGGGUAAAUGGAUUGGGUAAGUAGGUGCUACUGCGUAUGUUCCCUCCCAAUAACAACACCAACUGGUCACUGACAUGUUUUUCUUUUUUACUUACUUUAUUCCCCACCCCCUCUUGUUUUGUUUUUUACAGAGAUUGAAAUCUGACAGUGAAAUACUAACUUUAAAAAAAUGAGCACUACCACUUCUUCUGCUUUUCACUACCACUGCACUCCUCCCUGUACCCGUCACUGCUCUGCUAGCACUUCUACGGUCUGCAACUGCGGCUACCACUACUUCUACUACUACCACUGCUGCUGCAUCAGCCGCUACACCAAAAGUCUGGCACUGGCUCUAUUCACAACUCACCAUGUUUCCCAUCUGACUGUGAUUCUGUGGGACACACGCCUCCCUCCUCUCUCAGCAGGAGCACUGUGGCCGUUCCUCCCCUUCCACAUUCUACCGCAGCCAACCGGGGCCCCCCGUCCCUUGCUCGCCCAUAUCUGCAGUGCCACCC